ACAACCAAACGAAUAACAUGAAUACAUUCAACGUGUCUCGCAUUCUUCUUACUCUCCUAACCAUUUUGGCUAUCUUCUCUUCCUCAACACUGGCAAAAGGAAUAUGUUCAGAGAACGAAGUAUGGCAGAGCUGUGGUACUGCCUGUCAGCCAUCUUGCUCCAACCCCUUACCCAUAUGUACACUGCAAUGCGUCCCAAGCUGCCAAUGCGAAUCUGGAUUGCUUAGAAACGAAAAUAAGGAAUGCAUUGAACCGUCUGAAUGUUAAUCUUGCAAAGUGAAGCAUCAUUUAUUAUUUGCAAUCAUUUAUUUGAGAAUGAAGGCCUUGUCAAGCAAUCGUUUUAUCAUCGUAUAUAUAAUCAAACGAAAUAAAGAAUUUUAAUU